AUGGCUCUUUCAUCUACCCCAGCCAGCGGUCAGACCAGCUGGCACGGCGCGGGAGCCGCGGAAUUUGACCUUAGGAGUGAUACAAUGACAAAGCCCACCCCAUCCAUGCUCAAUGCGAUCUGCCAAACAACCCUCCUGGACGACGUCUUCGCCGAGGACCCCACAACCAACGACCUCCACAGCUAUGUUGCCGAAAGAACGGGACACGAGGCUGCUCUCCUGGUGCUUUCCGGUACUAUGGGAAACCAGGUCGCGAUCCGCUCGCAUUUAGCUCAACCGCCGCAUUCCGUCCUGUGCGACCAUCGAGCUCACAUAAUUUGCUACGAGGCCGGUGGUGUUAGUGCUUGGACUGGAGCCACGGUGCAAACAGUUGUGCCGAAGAAUGGCAUCCACCUGACUUUGGAGGAUAUCCAGAAACAUGCCGUGCUUGAUGAUGACAUUCACCACUGUCCCACCAAAUUGAUCAGCUUGGAGAAUACACUUGAUGGGAUGGUUAUGCCUUUGACCGAGGCCCGCCGAAUUGUCGAAUGGGCGCAUGCCAAUGACAUCAAGGUCCAUUUGGAUGGUGCAAGACUGUGGGAGGCGGUUGUAUCUGGUGCUGGAAGUCUAUCUGACUACACCAGUCUGUUUGACAGCGUUAGCCUGUGUUUUUCCAAGGGACUGGGUGCGCCGAUCGGCAGCAUUAUUGUUGGUUCGUCAGCUUUCAUUAAGAAGGCUCGUUGGUUCCGCAAGUCUAUUGGCGGUGGUGCUCGUCAAACGGGUGUGUUUGCGGCUGCUGCCAGGAUAGCUCUAGACGAGACGUUUGGAACCGACCCGAAUGGCAAGACUGGUCAUCUUCUAGCAACCCACGCUAAGGCCAAGCGCGUUGCAGAUAUGUGGACCGGUCGUGGAGGUAAGCUAGAGAAUCCUGUUCACACUAAUAUGGUAUGGCUUGAUCUGGAGGCUUCUGGGCUGGGGCCCAAUGAUCUUGCUGUGAUCGGCGAGGAGAAGGGAUUAAAGCUAUCGGGAGGCCGAGUGGUGAUCCAUUACCAGGUGUCGGAUGAGGCGAUUUCGCGCCUGGGGCAAGUCUUUGAUAUCGCGAUGCAGGGAAAGUUUCAACGCAGUGAAGACCAGAGCCAACCCUAUGGCAGUAAAAAGUGA